CUCCCCCCUCUCUCUCUCCCCCUUCGUGUCCUCCGCGUACACAGUGUUGUCAAAAAUCCGGCAGCAGCGCGCCGGAGCUGCACACACAGCUGCCAUUGCUGUAAUUAUCUGCUUUUCGCUGGUAGGACGGUGCGUUCGCCGCCGAAGUCCUCUGUCAAGACUGAUAUCUACGCGCCAUCGUCGUCGCAGCAGCAGCAGAGAGAGCCGCCCCGUCGACGUCAUCCCCGUCGGCAUCGACCUCCUCAUCGGCGACCUGGAGAUGCGCCGCAACGCGCGGAACAGCACGCCGUAAGAGCGGCAUCACCGUCACCGUCAUCGUCAUCCGCGUCGUCGUCGUCGUCGUCGUAGUCAUCCACGCCGGUCGACGAGGGUUAACCUUCACGAGGGUGCCCUCCCCCGUUCCCGGCUCCCCAGGAGUUCGUGGCGUUCGGUAGCGGGUUUGACAGCGGCUCUCGAGGUUCAACAGCCGCGCCGAGAAUUUUGACAGGAGGAGGCAUGAAGUGGCUCAACUCGAGCAGCGGAGGCGCCGGAGGCGAGCCGGCAUCCUCCAUGCAGCUGCAUCACACCUCCGUCAACGGCCACAUACCCACGGAUACGGAACAGUUAGGACAAGUUAUGGCUGGAGGAGAUAACAUGCGAAUUCAACCUGGUCAGACACAUCAGAUGGGGGUGAAUAGAACUCAAGACGAUGCCAUGGUUGGUUAUGUAUUUCAACGACCUACAGAACCAGAAUUUAAUACCCAAUCUUCGACUUUCCAAGCGAAACAAGCUCCCAGAGCAUGGGCUCUAGCGGAUGAUGUUAUCGUUGAUAAUAAUCAAGAAAAAUGGAAAUAUUCAAUGACUAAGCUCGGUGUACCUCAACAGAGUCAAUCUCAACAACUUGGAUUGACGAUGAAUAAUGUACAUCUGAGUAAUGUACCAUAUGAGAUACAUCCUAUGCAGUUAAAAAGCGGAGCACCUGGUACGGAACAUUUAGUUUACUUGAACAAUCAGAUGACUCAACAACAAGUUGCACUCUAUCAUCAUCAGCAGCAACAGCAACAAUUCAGAAACGGACAGAUCGCUCCUUCGACAAAAAAGCUCUGGGGCGUGGACGAAGGAGGCUCCAAGGACGAAGGGGGUGUAAAAGGCGGUGGGACCUUGCUGCACCUGGGCGACCACCAGACCACCAUGUGGCGGGAUUCCACCUGGAGCACGUCAGAUCAUGCGGUGUCGCAGCCAAUAUCAAUGGGCACGGGUAGACGUGUGGGAGUUGGGACGGGAUAUCAUCAUCAAGCGUCUGAAGUCGGGACAGUGCUCAGCCCCAGAAGCAGUGAAACAGGUGGUUUGGGAGUUAAAAUGGUUGAAUAUGUUCUUGGAUCGAGUCCCACUACACCAAAAGAUUUGGAACCUCGAAUGGUUUCUCUGAGAUUGAAUGCCGAUGCAGAUAAGAAAGAAAAAGAGAAGGGUUCGGCAAGUCCCUUUGAUAGUACAAAGGAUGACACUGGCCCACAGGGUAACGGAUUAGCGUCUCAAAACGGUCUGGACGAAGAUAAAGGCUUCAAUCGCACACCCGGAAGCCGCCAACCGUCGCCGGGCGAGGAGGAAUUUCAGAAGAACGCCGCCGCCACUCUGGCGGUGAGUGCCGGCGGUGGUGGCGUCGUGCUGCUGAAACCCGGAGUCGACGUCGUUGGCAGCGAGGAGCAUUUCAUGGCGGCGUUCGCACCCGCGCCGCCGCACCAUCUGCAGCACCAUCAGGCUCCGCCGACCCAUCACCUGCAACAUCCGCACUCGCACGCGGCGGCGCAGCUCUUCGGGGCGCAAGCUCCGCCACCGCCUCAGGGUCCGCCGCCCUCGCAGCAGCAGCAGCAGCAACAAGGCCCACCGCAGCCGCAGGACACUACCACGCAUUUCGACGUCCAACAACUGUUUCGCAGUCAACCGCAAGGGGCGACGCCGCAACAGCUGCAGCUGCUUCAGCAGCAGCAGCAACAACAGCAGCAGCAGUACUUGGCCGCGUCCCAGGCGCAGCAGCAGCAGCAACAGCAGCAGCAGCAGAACUUCCCUGCGGCUCCCUAUACCGUAAUCAGCGGUCAGGAACCUUACGUAGGGGCACUGAUAGCAGGCGCGCCACCGCCAGUUGUACCGCAAUACUAUGGAGUCGGGCCCUGGGUCUACCCGGCCGGAUUGCUGCCCCAAGCACCACCCCAAGCGGCCGCCCCGCCGCCACCACGACGGCCCCUCACCCCGUCUUCGGCGGCCGCGGCAGCAGUCGCGCAGGACUCCGCGAACAACCUGGCGCAAACGGUCCAAGGACAAUACCAGGUGAUACCGGCUUACUACGAUCAGAACGGUUCCAUUGUGAUGGGAGGUGUUCGCGGUCUGAGCUCGGCGGCGACCCCCAUGAGAUUAGUUAGCCCCGCGCCGGUCCUGGUGAACAGAGCCCCUCCGGCUCAGCCUCAACCGGGUCCACCAGCACCGCCACCGCCGAAUCUAUAUUCCCAGCCGACCCCGACGUCUCAUAGCAAUGCUACGCCUGGCGAAUGUCUAGGUCUGGCAGCUUGCAGCGCAGCAGCGGUGGUCGCGCAGGCUCAGGCGGUUGCGGUACAACAGGCUCAGCAGCAGAGCUCGGGACUUGCCGCGGGUUUAGCGGCUCUAGGAUACGGCGGUUCCCCCCUUGGGGCCUUAGGCUCACCUGCCCAGUUACAGAACACAGGUUUAGGCCUCGGUGCGUCCUCGACCGGCAGACGAGAUUCCUUUGAUAGAAAUACUUCAGCCUUCAGUCCAAGCUUGGAAUAUAGCCGGGCGAAGUGGCCUCAGAGUUACGGCGCCCUCGGUACAGUUACUGCGUCACCGAGUCCCCUAGGACUGUCAUUAACGCCGCCGCCGACCUUGGGCGGCUCCUUAGGUGGCCUCGUCGGAGGAGCCAGCCGGGUGUCAGCGGCUCCUGGUGCCGAGGCCAAGUUUCGCGCGAGCGCGGUUCCCGCGUUGACGGCCAAUGGAGUGUUCGGCUCCAGCAGCUCCCUGUUUCCCAAUCUCGUCGGCAAACCCGGGCGCGGAGGCGCCGCCAACAUCAGCGACAAGAACGCAGGAGGGCGAUCACGGCUGCUGGAAGAUUUCCGCAACAAUCGAUUCCCGAGUCUACAGUUACGUGAUUUAGCUAAUCAUAUAGUUGAAUUCAGCCAGGAUCAGCAUGGUUCGCGGUUUAUUCAGCAGAAAUUGGAACGAGCCUCAGCCAAUGAGAAACAGCUCGUGUUUCAAGAGAUCCUUUCCUCCGCGUAUUCUCUCAUGACGGACGUCUUUGGAAAUUAUGUCAUUCAGAAAUUCUUUGAAUAUGGCACGCCGGAACAGAAAUCAACUCUCGCUCAAAAGGUUCGCGGACACGUUUUACCGUUAGCGCUGCAGAUGUAUGGCUGUAGAGUAAUACAGAAGGCCCUCGAGUCGAUCGCCCCGGCACAGCAAGAGAUCGUGCGGGAGCUCGACGGGCACGUGCUGAAAUGCGUAAAAGAUCAAAAUGGAAAUCACGUUGUGCAAAAGUGCAUCGAAUGCGUCGAACCGCGAGCGCUGCAGUUCGUGAUAGGUGCAUUCGCUGGGCAGGUCUACUCCCUGAGCACUCAUCCUUACGGCUGUCGAGUGAUCCAACGUAUUCUCGAGCACUGCACUGCCGAACAAACUCAAGGUAUACUGCAGGAGUUGCACGCCGCCACGGAUCAACUCAUCCAGGAUCAGUAUGGCAAUUACGUCAUACAACACGUUCUCGAACACGGAAAGCCAGAAGACAAAGCACAAUUAAUCAGCAGCGUCAGAGGCAAGGUGCUCGCUCUAUCCCAGCACAAAUUUGCGAGCAACGUGGUCGAGAAAUGCGUAACACACGCUACGAGACAGGAACGCGCUGUGCUGAUCGAAGAGGUUUGCGGCUUUAAUGACAACGCCUUGAACGUGAUGAUGAAGGACCAGUACGCCAAUUACGUGGUGCAGAAGAUGAUCGACGUGGCGGAGCCGGCGCAGCGCAAGAUCCUGAUGCACAAGAUUCGACCGCACCUGGGUAGUCUGCGCAAGUACACCUACGGCAAGCACAUCAUCGUCAAGCUGGAGAAGUUCUUUAUGAAGACCGCCUCGGCGAUGGGAGUGGGCGCGACGCCGAGCGGCACGUCGACGAGCGGCGGCGGAGGCGGCGACCUCGGCCCGAUCGGGCCUCCCGCGUCAGCCGCGUCCGGCCCGGUCUCGACGUCCAGCCAGCAGCCGGCCCAGGUGACGGGUUUAUAAGCACGAGGUCGUCGCACGCUUCUGUCGCCGAGAAGAGAAGACAGCAGCGACAGAUGAAGAAAAGAGGCAAGCGAAACAGCAAAAGAACCUACUGUCUUACUUUUAUCUUGUAGCGAGAUCUGUUCUAUAUCUACCGAUGAGAAUAUCUCAUGUAUUUCCAGGAUCCCUCGUUUUUUUUUUUUUUUUAUUUUAUUUUAUUUUUAACUCUCGCUUCGGUCCCGCGUCCUCGAAGAAAGCGAAAAGGCGAGGCGAAGCCUCGCAGAGAUCAUUUCUAAUUCUAAUGUACGAUUUUUUUUCUAAUCCUCGAUGAUCAAUGAUACCUUGUACAGCAAUGUCGGGCUUCUUCGGGACCCGGGCAACGCGAGACAAAUCACAGACGGCACAUGACGAGUCCAUUUUACUGAAAACCCCGCGAAAGGAAGAAGCAGAGUUCGUAGAAACGAAGGUGUAGAGGAGACACGUUGUGUAGAGCAUUUUUCUAUCGUUUUGCAAAACGUCGUAGCCCUUCUGUGCGUAGAGAAAUAUUCGCGUUACAGUUGUACACACACGAGUAGAAAACAUCGAGUGUAAGGAAAUCGCAUAUUUUCGAAUAUUAUAAUUUUCGAUUUUGCGAACAAAAAAUUACGAAGGCGAUCAGCUCGACGAGUUUCAGAAACAUUACACGAUGCUGAGCUGUCGAAGCUAAAACGAGCAAGCAAUCGUUCCGUGGAGAUUCGAAAGAAGGAAGAAGGCAUCGCUCGAUUCUUAGAGUCACGUGCUGGAUUAUUAGAUUCGUUAAGUCCUCUCGGAAGAAAAAAAAAAGAAGUAGAGAGUACCGAGAUUCCCCGGCGAGAGUAAACGGAGCAUUAUUAUGGAAAUAGAAUAUAAAGCGCGGCUCGUCGAGACGUCACACGAACUCGACGAACGAAAUAUACAAGCUUCUACGAGGGCGGCACGGUAAAAAAAAAAAAAAA